GGAGGAGGAGGAGGAAGAGGAGGAGUCUGUAAAUCCACGAUGAGCCGGCUCUGCUGCAGACAACAAGUGUGCAGAGAGAGAGAGAGAGGAUCAGACGACUCUGUAGCAGAGAGAGAGAGAGAGCGUGACGGGACGAGAGAGGGAGGAAAAGGAGGUUACCACGGCAACUCGGGGGACGACGUCGCUGCAGCGGCGAGGACGCCAGGACACACAGGUUGUAGUCAUAAUGAGAAAAUUGGAGGACAGAUCUGGUCCAGUUCCACCUCUGACCCUCAUCAAACAGUUUGGGACUUAACUGGGUACCAGGAGGUCAAUGUCCCCUUUGCACAAAUAGGGAAGGUCCGCAGGAAAAGGAAGAUCAGGGCAUUUACGUGACUAAGGUGCCAACAUGUCUCAGGCAGGUAAAGUCCUCCACCUGUACGUUGAGGUGAGAUCUGUGGCUGAGGAGGAAGGGAAGGGGCCAGGAACAAGAGAUGAUGGGACUGGUCACCUGAUGCUUCAUUGCCCAGAUGUUCUCCCUCACUCCCAGGGAAGCUCCACCCGCUCCAGCCCCAACCGCAGUCCAGAUCUUUCUCCAGUCUCUGAGCACCAAACUAGGGUUGGAAGCCACAGCCUACCCCCCUCCUCCAGGCACUCAGUCACCUUCCAACUCCAAAACCCUGAUGCUACAGUGUCUUCCACCCAGAUCCAACCGCAGGACGUGUUGAAUGACAGUUUUGGUCGACUACUCCAGAUCCUUGCACCUGGAACGACCAGUACAGGCCAACAUGGCUCACUGGGACGCACCCGUUCUGACAUAGAUUCUUACCGGGGACGAGUGCCUGUAUCCCCAUCUUCUACAUCCUCUGGGAGGCUGACCGUACCCUCCACACCCAUCAGCAACCGCAGGUCCUGUGAGGUCCCAGAGGUUGAGGGUGAGAAUGGGAAGACAUCUGUGGUGACCUUUGGGUACAUAGAGAAAGCUAACGUUCAGAGCAUGGGGGGGAAAAGUGAUUUGGACAAUCCUCUUAACAGACUUGUAGGGCAGAUGCUCCCUGCCCAUCUCCAGAAGAGGUUGAGCGACCCUGUGUGGUAUAAUAGUCAGCCAUACCAGGGCGAUCCUUACCCUAGUCACCCCUACCCAUCUCAGAAUGAGUCCCCACGGGGCUCGCCUUAUACGCAGAGGGCUUGCCUGGAUGCAGUUGCCAGAGAUGCCACCUACAGGGCCUUGCAGGAGUUUGGAUCCCCAGAACUCAGGCGUAGAUUUGCUGGUCACAGCCCAGAGAAUUGCAGCCCGAGCUUGCCACGGCACUACCAGUCCUCUCGCUGCCGGUCCUGGGCAGGGUCACCUGUGCUGCCCCGCAGCACCCACACCCUGCCAUCCAAGGCCCAGCUCCUGGAACUGGACAGGGGAGUCUGCCGUAGUUCAGUGAAUGGAAUACCCAGAAGUCCUGCCUCUGACCACCUAUGUGCCCACACUGGGUACUCCCACUCAGUUGCUCCAACCUCAGCUCUUCGCUCUUAUGGCCUUCCCCAGAGCCAGCAGAGGCCAUUGGUAGGGGAGGAGAGCCCUAGGUUGUCCAGCAAAUUUCACCCACCUUUACCUGCGGGGAGACCCACAGAUAUCCAGCAUGAAGUCCCAACUAGCAUAUUCCCCAGUAGCAACCAUUCCAGGACUGGCUACCAAGCUAGUGGGAACACAAAACACAACCAACACAGUGUUCAUAGUAGUAACUAUAGUGCUAACGUCAUCAACACCAGUCAUAAUGCUACAGACAGUAUGCACUGCAGCCCUAAUGAUAACUCCAACCUAUCUAUUAAGACUCACCACAAAUCAUCACGCUGCAGCAGCAGAGCCAGUGACGCAGUCAGUCCUACCAAUGGCAGGAGGAGCGUCUCCCCUUCCUUAAAUGCUGAAGUAGCUGGUAAGUUAGCUGUGGAGGCUGCCAAACUGUCCACCGUUUUUGCAGACAGAAGGACUUCAUCUCCAACACUUUCCCAAGCAGAGUCACUGAGGUCAGAGAGUCCUAAGAUAGAAGGGGCAUCCCUAAGAGAAUCCCAACCUCAUGCCACCCUUCAUGUGCGAAGGUCCCCUGAUCCUCUACAGGCCGAUAACCAGAACCACAGAUGGAAAACAGAUAAAGCAAUACCUCAAACCCGACCAGGACGUGUCUCCCCUCUCUUAUCUCAGAAAGGCCUGACUUCACCAGCAUCUCCAGCACCGCAUGCUAGGUUGCAUCAUGCAGCCAUCUCUCAAUCACCUGUAUUGGCCCCAAAGCAGCAACAGGGUUCAUCACCCAUUAAGGAAAUGUCUGCCCUGCACCGCUAUCAGCCGCCACAGUACACUGGAGACCACAAUACGCCUAGCAUGGAGCUAAGGCAGUAUGAUCACCUCUUCGAUAGAUCACCUAGGGACAGCCCAGAGCUCUCAAGGAGACUUUUCUCCAGCCGAAACACAGAAGCAUUUCCUGUGAGCUGGACCGCCAGGCACCAGGAGUGGAAGGAGACUGGACCUGUCCCGGAUGGGGAUGUACUCUGUGAAGAAAACAUCAGACAGUCAACCUCUGGAGUUUACACUCCAAGCAAAGAGGAGUAUCAAAGGAAAGUCGGAGGAGACAAAGGAACGAAGACGUCAGUGCAGGGGUACCAGAGGCCAGGUACUGGCCUGUCCAAGGAUCAGAGAGAGGAGGUUCAGGAUCACAGUGGGGCUACUGGGACAUCCUCUCAGAGCUCCAGUGGUGUAACUGGCAGCAUGGUGGACAGUUCCCAGCUGGACAGAAACGAGAGUCUGUCCCCCGAAACCUCAAGCCAGUCCAGCCAUGACACAGCAGACAGCGGCUCAGGGAUACAGUCGGACGGCAGCUCAGCGACGACUCCGUCCUCACGAUCGCUGAAGAUCGCCCAAGCCAAGUGGGAGUUCCUGUUCGGAGGGCAGACGCAGGAGAGUCGCUGCAGUCAAGAAGCUCCACCCAAGGCGCCUCCGACCAGUGCCUCGCCCAGCCCCACCCCUCCCUCCUCCCUCCAUUUGAAACCAGCCAAUCAGGGGAGGGGGCUGGACAGCAAGGGUCAAAACUUGUCGUAUCACGAGGUGCGGCAGGUGGAGGUGGAACUGGUGACCCCCGACCCCCGAGGCUUUACCCCGAAGACGGGCAUCAUCCGCCAAACCAUCAAAUACUCUGAGACCGAUUUAGACGCUGUGCCGCUGCGGUGCUACAGGGAGACCGACCUGGACGAGGUGAUGCGGGCGGAGGCCGAGGCAGCUGAGGAGGCAGACGCAGCCUUUGGGAGUAACCACAGCGUCUUGGGAAACUCCAGCUUCAGCCCCGCCGAUGCCUCCCCGAAACCCCAGACGGAUGGGAGGAGGAAUGAGGAAGAGGAGGAGGACGGGGAGGAGGAGGAAGAGGAGGAAGGAGUGGUGAGCUGGGCCAGUGUCCGGAUGCUGGGAGACAGACAGAGACAGAAAGCCACCAAGGAGGAUGCUGACGUGUUCGGUCUGCUGCUGCAAGGGCCGGUCGAGGCGUCGUCUAACUCACACGGCGGCCUCAAGUCUCCGAUCUCCCUCGGCAGCCCCCGCCGACCCUCCGAAAGCAACCUUGACUCCUUCAGCCGCCAUUUUGAAAGCAUCAUGGAGUCUCACCGGGCCAAAGGCACCUCGUACAGCAGCCUGGACAGCGUCGACCUUCUGACCUCCGGGUCCACGUCCGUGUUCACCUUCGACCUGCCCACCCUCACCCCAGAGAUCCAGAGUCAGAUCUGCGAGAGCGCCAAGCAGAUCAUCGAGCUGAGUUUCGCCCCGCUGGCCCACCCGGACCCGUCUGCCCCCUCAGAGACGUCACGCUCCGAAGUCACCCUCAGUGCCUCGGGGGCGGGGCUCCGAGACAGCUCCAAAGACGACUUCGGCCCUCCAGUUCGAUCCAAGUCGGAGAAAGAGUCGUGCCGUCGCUCCGUCCUCAAAGACGGCUUCCGCAAGGCGAGCUCGGCCCCCUCGCUCCACAGCAGCCCCAGGGAGCGACCGGGGAACCGCCCGCCCGAGCUGCUGUACCCGCAGGACGACGUGGCGGAGCGCCUGGCGCUCGGCGGCAGCGAUGACGCGCUGGCCAACGGCACGAAGGCCGACCUGCAGGCGGCCAAACGUCUCGCCAAACGCCUCUACAACCUGGACGGCUUCAGGAAGUCGGACGUGGCUCGACACCUCGGCAAGAAUAAUGAGUUCAGUCAGCUGGUCGCAGAGGAGUAUCUCAGUAACUUUAACUUCACGGGGCUGACCAUCGAUCAGGCGCUCAGGUCGUUUCUGACCCGGUUUGCUCUGGUGGGAGAAAGUCAGGAGAGAGAGAGAGUCCUCGCUCAGUUCUCCAGGAGGUACAGAGAGUGCAACCCGGAGAGCCUGACCACUGAAGACAGCGUCCACACUCUGACCUGUGCCGUCAUGCUGCUGAACACAGACCUUCAUGGAAACAACGUGGGGAAGAGGAUGUCCAGCAGCCAGUUCGUCUCCAACCUGGAAGGUCUCAACGAUGGAAAAGACUUCCCCAAAGAUCUGCUGAAGACUCUGUACAGCUCCAUCAAGAACGAGAAGCUCCAGUGGACCAUUGAUGAAGAGGAGCUGAGGAAGUCCAUGUCGGAGCUGGCCGACGUCCGAACAGACUCCGCCUCCCACACCAUGAAGCGGCUGGGGAGUGGAGGAAACCCGCUGGUGGGCGUCGCCCAUCAGGCCGACGGCGAGCUGUACAAGAACGGCUUCCUGGUCCGCAAAGUCCACGCCGACCCCGACGGGAAGAGAACUCCACGGGGUAAGAGGGGGUGGAAGUCUUUCUACGCCAUGCUGAAGGGUCUGGUGCUCUACCUGCAGAAGGAUGAGUACCGUGCGGAGCGAGAGCUGACGGAGGAGGACGUGAAGAACGCCGUGUCCAUCCAUCACUCUCUGGCCAUGAGAGCAGCCGACUACAGCAAGAGACCCAACGUCUUCUACCUGAGGACGGCCGACUGGAGGGUCUUCCUGUUCCAGGCUCCGAAUGCAGAACAGAUGCAGUCGUGGAUCACGCGCAUCAACGUGGUGGCGGCCAUGUUUUCGGCUCCGCCGUUCCCCGCGGCCAUCGGCUCCCAGAAGAGGUUCAGCCGUCCCCUGCUGCCGGGGUCCAACACCAAGCUGUCCCAGGAAGAGCAGGUCAAAUGUCACGAGAACCGGUUCAGGGCGGUUUCCUCCGAGCUGGCCGACCUGACGGCCUCCACACCGGACCGGAAGGUGAAAGGUCGCGAGCUGGAGGAGCAGAAACUCCGACAGGAGUACCUGGAGUUUGAGAAAACCCGGUACGGUACGUACGCCAUGCUGCUUCGGGCCAAGCUGUCCAGCGGAGACGACGACCUGUCUGCCUUCGAGUCGCGGCUGUUUGACGACGGCGGCCUGCAGAGGGCGCACUCCAGCCCCACGCUGCCUCUGGAGGGCGCCAACAAGGAGAAGACCCGCGGGUCCAAGACGUCGAAAAGCUUAAAGGUCACGUCCUCGACCUCCAAGACCGGCGCGGGCACCAGAGAGGGAAGCAAGAAGAACGGCGGCGGCAACAAUCAGCAGCUGGAGCUGCAGAAACAGAGCAGCCAACAGGAAGAGGCGCCGUAAGGCGGCGAGAAUCAGGUUUUAUAUAAAGUGUGUAGCUGGAGACGGACAUGAUGCAUCAUGGGUAACAGGCUGACAUCCUCCUUUAAACCUUUUCUGUUAAACCUGAUUCUGAUUGGCCGAGGGGACUUUUCCUCCGGAGCCGAGCUGAGACGUUCGAGGUCGGUGGGAAAGGAAACGCUCGUCACGGAGCGGGACGAGCGAAGUAUCGAGACAUUCAGGAAACACUAACGAGGUUCGCAACGUGUCGUCUGACCAUCAGCCAGCUGUCGGCUCAUUUCACGGCCAGACGGCGUUCAGCACCUUCACUUCCUGUCAGAUCUUCAUUUCAGGGACUUUAACCCUUCAGCGUCCUGCGGCGCCAUCUGCUGCUGCUGAGCUUGUAGGUACUUUUAUUUUUUUUUUCAUCUCUCAGAGCGACAAACACUGACCUCCUGCACCGUCUCCUAGCAACAAGAGAUGGACUCCCCCGCCACACAAACAAACAAACGGGCCGAGGCUGUGAUGAUGCGUCACAGAGUGUGUGUGUGUUGCAGUACUGUGAGUACACAGUAAUACUGCGUUAGCACUUGCUGUGUGUACUUCCAGCUGAACGUGAAGCUGCAGCUUGUUUUUUAUUCAUGUUGUUUUCCUCACUGAGUUCUGCUGAAACAAAGCGGCUGUACGGAGGUUUGUUAGUGACCACAAACUGACUGAGCAACAAACAGUCACUUAAACUCAAUCAGGCCGAGUCGACGGCCGAAUACCUUGCUUUACUCAUCGCUGCUUUGCUGCCUUUAUAGAGCGCCGACGUGAAACCACAACCACUUCUUCUUCUUCUGCUCCAGACGUAAAACAAAACCUCAUUCAAAACUCCAUUGACAUUUCUAACAAUUCUAAAAACUAAAAACUCUUCCUCAACAUCACGUCGUCGGGCUCGCUUUAUGCGUUCGGCUCAGGACGGAAAAACAUUUAAAUAUUUAACAAAACCAUUUCCUGUUAGCCUGAACGUCACGGCUCGACAGAAGAGGCCAUCAGUUGCAGAAGCUGGACAGGAAGUGACGUCGUGACCUCGGCUCUCUAUAAACGCUCUGAACAGGUCUAACGCUCGCUCAGUAGUUUGGUCGUUAAUAAACUUCCUUUGUUUCUCUCUCUCUCCGCUGGAAACUUAAUAAUGUUUGAAUCCGUCCACUUUCCCCUCUCACCCCUCCCGGUCACAGAUGGAACACGUGUUGAUCGGAGAGUUCAGACGCUGUGAGUGAAACUUCCUGUCUCGCUCUUCACACGUCUUGUUGAAGUAAAGAAAAUGAACCUUUUGCU